AUGCCGGACAUUGUGAUGAUCCAUGGACUGCUGGGCUGGGGCGAAGAUCGGCCUCUCUUUGGAUGGAUGCCAGACUACUUCCCGCUCAAGUUCAUCCGGGACCGCUGGCCUGAGGGCGAAGUCGUUGCUGUGGACAUUGGCGCAGCCAGCAGUGAUCACGACCGCGCUUGCGAAGCCUUCGCACACUUGAUGGGGCUACAAGUCGACUACGGCGAGGAGCAUUCGCACCAGUGCUGCCACGCCCGCUUUGGCCAGGAUUUCCGGGGCAAAGGCCUCCUGCCGCGCUGGAGCCGCUCGUGCCCGGUGCAUUUGGUGGGCCACAGCUUCGGCGGCAACACGGCGGUAGCUCUGUACAACAUGAUCGCGGAGGAUCACUGGGGUCUUGGCACAGGCCCGGACUGGGUGGUGUCGGUGACGGCCAUUUGCUCCCCGCUGCGGGGCUGCAGCUUGCCAUUCCUGCUGGGCCUUGUGGAGGUCACCGACGAGGAUGGUGAGAUCAAGUACAUCGUUGAGCCUGGCUCAGUUACGCAUGGCAUUGUGGCGUUCUGCUGUCUCAUCAUCAAGGCGCAAGAUCGCUGGCCGAAGUUCUUCCAGGCGCUCUUCAACUUCAAGUCAACUCAAUGGGCAGAGCACAACACCUGGAGCAACCUGGUCUCCGCGCGGCAUCCUUACGUUCUCUCAGGUGACAACAUGAUGAGCGAGAUCGCGCCGCGCACCCGUCGACGGGCGCUGAGGGGCCGCAUGGAGAACUUGAGCAAGACCUUCCUCAUCGCGGUGACCAGCGACGCGCUGCCGCCCUUGGCCCCCCGCCAGCUGCUGCAGCGCCUCGCGCUGCUGGCGGCCACCUACAGCGGGCUGUGUUUGACCAGCUGGGCCUUGGCCUGGCGUCUUCGCCAGCGCCUUUGGAGCCUCGCCCUCCGCCUCAAGCCCGUGGCUAUGGAGCGAUGCACCCUGCACGUGGCGGUGCUGUCUGGUCGUACGGCGGAUGUCUCGGACCUUUCCCCGAAGACCACUGUGCGGGAGGUGCGGCGGGCUGCUGAGGCCCAGCUGCAGCUCCCGCUGUCGCGGCUGCUGAAGGGCGAAACCUUCCUGGCGGAGGAGGCCACGCUUCAGGAGGCCGAGGUGGCGGACGGGGACGUGCUAACUGCCGCGGUGCAGCAGACCUUCGUAGCCUCGCACCCGCGGUGCAAGGCGAUGGCCUGCCGAAGGCAUGUGCGUAGCGAAACGCCGGAAUGCGCGGAGUGCGCGGAGGCGAACGUGGUGACCUGGGGCUUCAUCCGGGACGCGAGGCGCCUGGACGUACAGGCCAUCCAAUGCUCGGACGCCGCCUUUGCUGCGCUCUCUGCCGAUGGCGCUGUCACCACCUGGGGAGAUCCCCGCUGCGGCGGGGACAGCUCCGCGGUGCAGCCGCUUCACCGGGUGCGAGCGCUGCAGUCCUCUGCCGGCGCCUUCGCGGCGCUCGAUCUGGACGGCCGCGCGGUGGCCUGGGGCGACCCCGGCAGCGGCGGUCGUGGAGAGACCUCCGCAGCUGUGCGCUGCCUCGCCGCCUCGCGCCGUGCCUUCGCGGCGCUGCGGUUGGACGGCGCGGUGGAGGCCUGGGGCGACGCGGAGAUGGGCGGAGACUGCCAGGUUGUCCGGGACCAGCUGGUGAACGUGUGCCAGAUCGCCGCCACUGACGGGGCCUUCGCGGCCAUUCGCUCCGAUGGCACCGUCGUCACCUGGGGCCACGGCGAGGCUGGGGACUGCGGCGAAGUGCAGGAUCGGCUCCAAGAGGUGCAGAGCAUCCAAGCCAACUGCACCGCCUUUGCAGCCAUCCGACAAGAUGGCCAGGUGGUCACUUGGGGCGCAAAGUCGGACGGCGGAAUCGUGGACGGCGCGGUGCAAGCGAGGCUCCGAGAGGUGCGAGCAAUCCAGGCCACGCUCUUCGCCUUUGCAGCUCUGCGAGCAGACGGGCAGGUGUUUGCCUGGGGAGAUGUGGACUAUGGAGGGGAUGCCAGCAAAGUGCAGGAGCAACUGAAGGGUGUGCAGCAGAUACAGGCCACCUCCAGAGCAUUCGCGGCCAUCCGCUCUGAUGGCUUCGUUGUGACCUGGGGCGAUGCUGACAGCGGCGGAGAUAGCAGCGCGGUGCGCGAGCAGUUGCGAGAUGUGGUACAGAUCCAGGCAAGCUACGUUUCCUUCGCAGCGUUGCGCUCCGAUGGGAGCGUCGUUUCCUGGGGCAGCCCUUUCCAAGGUGGGGACCCGGAAGGUCUCCUUGGGCUUGACCAGUUGCGCGAUGUGCAGGCCAUCCAAGCCUCGGCCUUCGCCUUUGCGGCGCUGCGCGCAGAUGGCUCGGUGCUGACCUGGGGCGAUGCCGCCUACGGGGGCGAUCUCGCGGGAUGGGUUCGGUCGACUUGA